UUCACCAGGCAGAGUUCACUUGACUUCAGAGCAAAUGGACAGUAACUUUUUAUUUUAUUUUUAACGGUUGAAGUCUCAGCCCUCUUCAAUUCUCCGAUUGCCCCAAUUACUAAUCACAGAAUGGAAUAGGUUAAGAGUGUGGGUCAGUGUCGUAGAAGUUAGAUCAAACCAGAGUGGAUUGGCAUGUCUUGGUCCAGUCCUGAGAGUGAGAGUGAUCAGUGCGGCUCUACAGAGGACCUGACUGGUGCGGGUGGUCAGCCGGACGGAGCUGAGUCUCCUGCUUGGUCCAGCGGAGCUGUCAUGCUGCCCAAAGGCGACACGGAAUCUCUGGGACUCGUUCGAUCGCAUGGAGAACAGGGGCCAAGGAAUAUGCAAGCCCCCCACUAUAAAAUGAUGGACUACUCCUAUGAUGAAGACUUGGAUGAGAUGUGUCCAGUUUGUGGAGACAAGGUUUCUGGAUACCAUUAUGGGCUCCUCACCUGUGAAAGCUGCAAGGGCUUCUUCAAGCGCACGGUUCAGAACAACAAGCGGUACACAUGCAUAGAGAACCAGACCUGUGCCAUUGACAAGACACAAAGAAAACGCUGCCCUUACUGCCGCUUCCAGAAGUGCCUCACUGUCGGCAUGAAGCUGGAAGCUGUGAGGGCGGACCGCAUGCGCGGCGGCCGCAACAAGUUUGGCCCCAUGUACAAGCGCGACCGGGCGCUCAAGCAGCAGAAGAAGGCGCUGAUCCGCGCCAACGGCCUGAAGAUCGAGGCCAUGACCCAGGUGAUGCAGGCGGUGCCCACCGACCUCACCAUCUCCUCGGCCAUCCAGAACAUCCACCAGGCCGCCUCCAAGGGCCUGCCGCUCAGCCACCACGGCCACCCGCACCAUGCCGCCCUGUCCCACACAGACUACGACCGCAGCCCCUUCAUCACGUCGCCCAUCAGCAUGGCCAUGCCCCCCCACACCGGUUCCCUCCAGGGCUACCAGGCGGCCUACGGCCACUUCCAUAGCACCCGCACCAUCAAGUCAGAGUACCCGGACCCGUACACCAGCUCGCCCGAGUCCAUCAUGGGUUACAACCCGUACAUGGAUGUGUACCAGACGGGCUCGCCGCCCAGCUUCCCACACCUCAUAGUGGAGCUGCUGAAGUGUGAGCCUGACGAGCCCCAGGUGCAGACCAAGAUCCUGACCUACCUGCAGCAGGAGCAGGCCAGCCGGGGAAAGCACGACAAACUCAACACGUUCGGCCUUAUGUGCAAGAUGGCCGACCAGACGCUGUUCUCGAUCGUGGAGUGGGCCCGGAGCAGCAUCUUCUUCCGCGAGCUCAAGGUGGAUGACCAAAUGAAGCUCCUCCAGAACUGUUGGAGCGAGCUCCUCAUCCUCGACCACAUUUUCCGUCAGGUGAUGCACGCCAAAGAGGGCUCCAUCCUAUUGGUCACCGGCCAACAGGUGGAUUAUGCUGUAAUUGCCUCCCAAGCCGGAGCCACUCUGAACAACCUGAUGAGCCACGCACAGGAGAUGGUGGGUAAGCUGCGCUCCCUGCAGCUGGACCAGAGGGAGUUCGUCUGCCUCAAGUUCCUGGUGCUGUUCAGCUUGGACGUGAAGAACCUGGAGAACUUCCACCUGGUGGAGAGCGUCCAGGAGCAGGUGAACGCGGUGCUGCUGGACUAUGUCAUGUGCAACUACCCCCAGCAGACAGACAAAUUUGGCCAGCUGCUCGUGCGGCUGCCUGAGAUCCGGGCCAUCAGCCUCCAGGCCGAGGAGUACCUGUACUACAAGCACCUGAACGGAGACGUGCCCUGCAACAACCUGCUCAUCGAGAUGCUACACGCCAAGAGAGCCUGAGGAGAGUGCAGAUGGGAUCCUGAUCGUUUGGCUGUUUUGUUGGUUGAGACCAAGCCCUUACCUGCAGAACAGAAACUGACCCAGAACAGACUCUUCCCCAUGUUAAAGUUAGACUUAGUGAUUCUAGGGCAGGAGGCAUCAGUCCUUCUCAUUUAUUGUGACGAUCAACCAUCCUGGCACGCACUCACACACAUACACACACACACACACGAAAAGGCACACAAACAUCCUUACACACACAUGUUCAAAUUCAUACAAUAUGCAUUUACAGUACCAGUCAAAAGUUUGAACACACCAACUCAUUCCAGGGUUUUUCUUAAUUUUUACUA